AUACGUUUUUGAGUCCCCAGCAUCAAUAACAGCAGCAGUCUUCUCCUCCCGAGCCGAACUCCAAGCAGGUUAGGGUUUUCCUCCGAGAGGAUCCACCCUUCGAUUCAACAUCUUCAAGAUGUAUACCUCAAUGAAGAAGAUCCAAAAGGAUAAGGAUGUCGAACCCACCGAGUUUGAGCAGAGUGUUGCUCAGGCUUUGUUUGACUUGGAGAACACUCACCAAGAGCUCAAGAGUGACUUGAAGGACUUGUACAUCAACUCUGCAAAUCAAAUUGAUGUAUCUGGAAACCGGAAGGCUGUUGUGAUCCAUGUUCCUUAUAGAUUGAGGAAACCAUUCCGCAAGAUCCAUACCAAGCUUGUCAGAGAGCUUGAGAAAAAGUUCAGUGGGAAGGAUGUGGUUUUCAUUGCCACCAGACGCAUAGUUCGACCACCAAAGAAAGGUUCCGCAGCCCAGAGACCUCGAUCUCGCACCCUUACAGCUGUGCAUGAUGCCAUGCUUGAGGAUGUCGUCCACCCUGCUGAGAUUGUGGGGAAACGUAUCCGAUAUAGGCUUGAUGGUUCCAAAAUCAUAAAGAUUUUCUUGGACCCAAAGGCUCGUAAUGACACAGAGUACAAGCUGGAGACAUUCAGCGGAGUGUACAGGAAGCUUUCCGGGAAAGAUGUUGUGUUUGAGUACCCUAUUACAGAUGCUUGAGAGCAUGUUAGCUAGGCUUUUGAGUCGUGAUGAGGUUGCUUUGAUGUUUCAUGUUGAAAAAUGACCAUGAUUUUAUUUAUGCUUUCCCAAAUUUUGAGUUAUAGUACAUCUCCUGGACCAUUCUCCAUUGCUGUUGCUUGAAUUGGAAUUGCUCUCGUUUUAGUCGGU